CGGAGGUGUGGCAUCUUCCGGGCGUUGUCGUGGAGACGGAGGACUGGCCAAGCGCUGUUGUCUUUCUUCCUCCAGGCUCAUCACCAAGACGCUGAUCACAGGGAGGCUGAUCCUUAUGGCAAGAGCCACAGCCACAGGUGGUCAUGCUGCUCUCUUUGUUCUCCUGUGCUGUGGGCUUCUCCCUCUUACCGCUCUUCCUGUUCCCGUACCCCGCCCAGGCUUGCCCUGCCCGUUGUGAGUGUUCUGUGCCCACACGCUCAGUCUCGUGCCACCGGAAGCGGCUGGCGCAGGUGCCCGAGGGCAUCCCCAUCGAGACGAGGGCACUGGAUCUCAGCAAAAACCGUCUGCGUAUUAUCACACCGCAGAACUUCUCUGGCCUUCUGUUGCUAGAGGAGCUUGACCUGAGCACCAACUUGUUGUCAUCAGUGGAGCCUGGAAGUUUCCGUGCGCAGCCACGCUUACGAACGCUGCGUUUGCGGAACAAUCAGCUGACCCUGCUGCCACGUGGUGCGCUUGCUGGCCUGAGUGAGCUUACUCUGCUGGACAUCAGUCAGAACCGUCUAGUUAUCCUGCUCGAUUAUGGCUUUGAGGACCAGAGGCGUCUGCGUGUGCUUGAGCUUGCUGACAAUGAGCUGGUUUUUGUUGCCCCCCGUGCCUUUAGUGGCUUGCCCGCAUUGCGCUCACUGACUCUGCAGCGCUGUAAUCUGAGUGCGGUUCCCAGUCAUGCACUGGCACACCUGCAUGGCCUAACCAGCCUUCGUCUUAGGCAGCUGGACAUUGCAGAACUGCUGCCACACACCUUCAAGGGCCUGGGUCGUCUGCGUCAUCUUGAGGUGGAUCAUUGGCCAGCACUGGAAGCUGUGCCCUCUCUUGCCUUGCAGGGUCUGAAUCUCAGCACACUCUUUAUCACCCAUACCAACCUUUCAGCAGUACCAGUGCUAAACCACCUUUCCUACUUGACCCAUGUGAACCUGUCAUACAGCAGUGUGAGGGUGCUGCCAGCUGGCUGGCUGCGUGGCCUAGACCAGCUGGAAGUUCUUCAGGUCCGCAAAGCUCAAUUGGUGCGUGUGGAAUCUCAGGCCUUCCAAGGGGCAGUGUCACUUCGCCUGCUUGACCUCUCCUACAAUCGCCUGACGACACUGGAAAGAACCACACUGCCAGCAUCGGUGUCCCUGCAAAACCUCCUGAUUGGCCAAAACCCAUUAGUGUGUGACUGCCGUCUACGUUGGCUCUUUCAAAGAACACUGCCCUUACAGUUUGUGGAAGUGCAACCUCAGUGCACAACCCCUGCUGCUCUGGCUGGGAAACCUUUCAGUGAUGUAGUAGAGCCUCUGCUCUCCCGUUACGUAGUAUGCACCAAACCCAGGGUCAUUGCCAUGUCGACAAAACCAGCAGAAGCGGAAGAAGGACAAAAGGCAUGGUUGUAUUGCACAGCAGAUGGUGCUCCACCCCCCUCUGUCUCCUGGCUGACACCACACAGGAGGCACAUCACCACCAAGAGCACAGGCCGCAUGGUUGUCCAUAGCAACGGUUCACUGGAGUUUAGAGUAGUGGAGCCUCAGGAUAGUGGUAUUUACUUCUGUGUGGCAUCCAAUCCUGCAGGCAAUUCCACCCUGUCCAUAACACUCGCUGUCAAAAGCCUGGGCCUUCGGGAUGGGGCUCUCUAUGCCAACCGCAGCUUCAUCUUCGAUCCUGAUUACAAUAGCUCCCUGAUCAAUGGCACAGAGCAUUACACAAUCAGGAUGGUGCUGGACUUCACCACCAUUCUUGUGUCUACGGCCAUGGGCUGCCUCAGCUUCCUGGGUGUGGUCCUUUUCUGUUUCCUGCUUCUGUUUGCUUGGAGCCGAGGCAAAGGCAAGCACAGAGGAAGUGUAGACAUCCAGUAUGUUCCACGCAAGAGGAAAGGCGCCAGCAGCGAGCUUACUGAGACCAGCGGUCCCCGACGUGUCAACAUGAAGAUGAUAUGAGGGCCAGACGUUCCUGAAAACAUAACCUUGAUCUGCUGAUAGCCAAACUGUAGAGUAAAGGAAAAAGAGAUACAUGAGAAAGACCUGUAACCAUGGUGGCCAGAAGAGAUUGGCAAGAUAAGCAGCACACUGUUUCACUUAGUGUGCUUUAAUAUGAAUGUACUUUUGAGGUACCUAUGACGUAUGUACUUAUGAAUGUACGUAUGUCAACUGAAAUAUAGUGUGUGCAUUUAUGGGCAUGUGUGUAUCUAUAUUAUAUGGAUGUAUUCAAUUGUGAGAGUUUACACAUACUAUCCAACCAGAGUCACUUAUCGAAACAAGUAUUUGCGUGUUUUCUGCAAUGUUUUGUCUGGACAGCAUUAUUUGGACAGCACAUACAUGGACAGAGGGCACAUUUCUGUACAAAUAUAAUGUUUGUGAGAAGAAGAAAAAAAAAUCUAUUUAUACAUUUUAGGUUCCAAUAUUAUUAACCUUUGAAUUGCUGCAAAAACUCAAACUGUCUUCCCCAACGAGUAAAUUAUAUACAGGAAGAAGCCUCAGCAGUGCUGUGUUGUGAAGUGUUUGGUUUUGCUCCAAAUAUCUAUUCUCCCUGGGAGAUCCUGAAGUUUGAGAAGCCCUGGAAAAAAGAGGACCAUCUUUACCAUUUUAUUGUGAAAAAUUAAAAAAACAAAAAAUAUAAUGUUUUGCAAUGUAAGGACCUGUUUGAAAUGGUGGGUACCAGGGGCUGUGUUUGUGACUCAGUGGAAAUCUGUGAAACUGUUUUUUGAUGUUCUGUCAAAUGCUGCUCAGAUGUUUUUACAUAAUAAAUAUAUUGGUAUAUUUUCCAAAGAAAAUAAACAUAAAUCAAACAGCUUGAUUGUAGUACCAUUACAACCAAGAAUCUGUUUUUUGUUGCUGUGCCUAAUCGUCCACCCUUUGCUUAAUUUAGCAAAUACCACAUUCAAUUAUCAUGACAAUACUAAAUUACAUUUCUAUUUGACAAUAAAACAUUUUUUUACACCACUAAAACUAAAUAAAGAAGGCCAAAAUAAAUGUUCCAAUUAUUUGGUCACACAAUCUCAGUUAGUGAUAAAAUUUUAUUAACAUACAUUCAUAUUAUCUUUUAUUAUUAUUAUUACUAUAUUAUCUAUGUAUGUGUUGUAAUGCAUUAUGUAUUUAACUGCAAUUAUGUUAUUACUAUAUUUAUGUUGCUUACCAUAUAUGGUAUAAUAUAUGUAAUCCUUCAAUUGACUUGUCCCCACUUACUUCUAUAAACAAACCAAUAACUUGAGCUGACAGGUUUAUUUUUAGAAAAUAGUAAACCAUGUGAAGAAAUCAUUUAACAUUUACAAUCACAUCCUUAAUUAAAAUAGUAAUGAAUGACUGUAAAAGUGGUGAUUAACCAUAUAAAAGCAGAACUCUUGGCAGUUUGGUGUUCUGGAGCACUUAUGUGUGUGUUUACAUCAGUUCAAUUCAGUUUAUUUAUCCCCAUAGGGAAAGAAUUAUUUCAGCAAACUCAUUCAGACAUUUAACAAUUCACAGGUGGCAUGUGUAAUAAAAAUCAUUUAAUGUUCAUAAAUUUUAUUAAAAAUAACCAGUCUAGCUGACCAUCCUAACGCUUGAUUUUCUCCGUAAGAAAUUAAUUGCUUGAGAAAUAAAGGAUAGUUUUCACCUGUUUUUCGAACAUUUGAGAACACAAUAUCAAAAAAUCCAAAAGUGUAAG